UAAUGAAGUUACCAGGAGCGGCAGCAGGCAGCAGGCAGCGGGCAGCGAUCCCUCCCGGGCUGAAAAAGACGAAUGCUUCGGUGGCAGCAUGCAGCGAGGACGUUGCCUUGGCGCACAGCGUGCAAAGUGCACCACGCUCCCCGCUCAGCCCCACUAGAGGGAGUGUGUGUGCGCGUGUGUGUUGGUCAGGCAAAGGCAUGAUGGUUGCAGCAGCCAUUGGUCCCGUAGCAACAUCGACGGGAGCAACAAUUGCUAAGGCCACAAGAACAACAACAACAACGGCAACAGCGCUGGCCAGCAAGUUGCUCGGCCAUUUUCAUAACCGCACCACCCACGCAAAUGUGGAGAGAAUAACAGCGGUGCAUGAAGAGGCUGUAGCAGCAGCAUCAGCAGGCGGAUCGGGUUCGGGAACGGGCACGGCAUCAGCUGUAUCGGAUGGAGGGGGGAAUGGAGAUAGUAGCGAGAGUGUGGGCAUCGCCAGCUCCUCGACACCCACCAGCUACUUGUCCCUGUAUGAGGAUGAGACGCAAGCGGCGGCGGCGGCGGCGGCGGCGGAGGAGGCUGGCUAUGCGUUAAUUGAUGACAUCAGCGAAUGGCUGCUGAGCGCCGCCGGUGGCAAUAAUCUCAGCCUGAGCAGCAGCAGCAGUAGCAGCGAGACAACCCCAUCCGCUGCAAUCGGCCGCAUGGUCAGCACCGGUUUCAUUAGCCCCAAUGAAACGGUCAGCUGGCUGACGCUGGACAUCGCUGAGACAUUGCAGAACAGCACACUGGCUAGCAGUGGCAAUGGAAGUGGCAACAGCAGCAACAGUGGCGCCACCAACAGCAGCAUCACCAAUGAUCUCGAUGCGGACCCCGAUGCUGAUGGUGGUGGACUCUACGCGUUGCGCAACUUUGUCGAACAGCAAUUGAACGGCGAAUCGGGUCAGGAUAUUGCGCAGGAUAUUGCGCUCAUCGAUAGCGCGGAGGAGAGUGCGCUGGAGAGUGUGGCCGAUGGGGAUGCCGAUUAUGGCAUUCUCGGUGGCUUCAGCGGUGCCAGCUUGGAUAUUGCUGAUAUGGAUGUGGCUAGCAAUGAUCUCUUGCAACGCACGGCGACGACGAUAACAAAUCGAACGACCACCAGUGCCACGGAGGAUGCCCUUUGGUUGAGUGGUGCUGCCGCCGGUAGUGCGAGUGCAACAGCUGGUACGGGUGCGGGUGCUGGUGCGGGUGCUGGUGCUGGUGCUGGUGGCAGCUCCUUCAUGCUGCUGCUUGAGAACUUUAACGAUUAUUUUCCCAAUUAUAAUGGCAGCAGUGUGACGGGAACCACAAUCAGCACCACAACAGUCACCACGAGCAACGUUCUACUCGAUCAGAACCUGACGAACCUCUACUUUGAGAACUAUCGAACCAAUUGCACGAAUGCAACGCUGAAUCUAACAACGGAAUCCUGUCACGAGCUCCGAAUCGUUGAUCAUAAUUAUUGGGCGCUCAUCUUGAUACUGUUCCCAAUCCUAACGCUAUUCGGCAACAUUCUGGUUAUCCUGUCCGUGUGUCGCGAGCGUUCGCUGCAAACGGUUACGAAUUAUUUUAUAGUGUCAUUAGCCAUAGCCGAUCUGCUGGUCGCCGUAGUCGUAAUGCCGUUUGCUGUUUAUUUUCUGGUGAAUGGUGCAUGGGCAUUGCCUAAUGUUGUUUGUGAUUUCUAUAUAGCCAUGGAUGUGAUAUGCUCUACUUCAUCGAUAUUUAAUUUAGUCGCGAUUUCCAUAGACAGAUACAUCGCUGUGACGCAGCCAAUAAAAUAUGCAAAGCACAAAAAUAGUCGCCGCGUUUGCCUUACAAUAUUAUUGGUUUGGGCGAUAUCUGCUGCCAUCGGUUCACCAAUAGUUCUCGGUUUGAACAACACACCGAAUCGUGAGCCGGAUGUCUGCGCCUUCUACAAUGCUGAUUUCAUUCUAUACUCAUCGCUAAGCAGCUUCUACAUACCAUGCAUAAUCAUGGUAUUCCUCUACUGGAACAUAUUCAAGGCGCUUCGCAGCCGUGCACGUAAACAACGUGCAGCUCGAAAGCCGCAUCUGUCGGAGCUAACCGGAGGCAGCGUCAUCGAGAACAUUGCACAGACACGGCGAUUGGCGGAAACGGCAUUGGAUAGCAGCCGGCAUCCAAGCCGCAUAAUGCCCGAUGAGCCGGCAACGAACACGGCCAGCGGCUCCAAUGAGGAGGAGGACGAGAAUGCCAUAUCGCCCGAUAUCGAUGAUUGCCACGUCAUUGUGAACGAUAAGUCGACGGAGUUCAUGCUGGCCACUGUUGUCGAGGAGACCGGCAACAGCGUUGUGGCGCAGAUCACCACACAGCCGCAGCUGGUCGUUGCCGAUCCAAAUGGAGUGAGCGUUGGCGCCGCCAUUAGCAGCACAACGCCGCCGGACAGUCCAAUACCCAGCGGCACCACCUUGCAGCGAUCCAGUGUCAGCAGUCGUCGCAACACCGUCGAGGACUCGCCCAAGCGCAUUGAGCCAGCUCUCAGCAGCAGCGUCGCCAUGAAGCCAUUGUCCUUUGUACGCUACGGAGUGCAGGAGGCCAUGACUUUGGCACGCAACGACUCCACGCUAUCGACCACAUCGAAAACGUCCUCGCGCAAGGAUAAGAAAAACUCGCAGGCGUCAAGAUUCACGAUAUACAAGGUGCACAAGGCCUCGAAAAAGAAACGCGAGAAAUCGUCGGCGAAAAAGGAACGCAAGGCCACGAAAACAUUGGCCAUCGUCCUGGGCGUAUUUCUGUUCUGUUGGCUGCCGUUCUUCACCUGCAACAUCAUGGAUGCAAUGUGCGCUAAAUUCAACGAAGACUGCCGGCCGGGUCUGACGGCCUUUAUGCUGACGACUUGGCUGGGCUAUAUCAAUAGCUUUGUCAAUCCCGUUAUCUACACGAUAUUCAAUCCAGAAUUUCGCAAGGCAUUCAAAAAGAUUAUGCAUAUGGGGUGAUUACUAUCAACAACAAAAACAGCAACAAAAAUAACAACUAUAAUAACAACAACAACAAUAACAAUUGACAGAAUGAGAAGCAAAACGGGUGUUGAAAAAGUCUUGUUUUGUGUUAAGCUCAUCAAUUUGUAAGUACUCGAAAAUCGAUAAUUGAUACACGUCUAUCGGGUGUCUGAAAUCGAUAACUCAAAACUCAAACUGUGCCAAAUGCAACCAAAUGAAAUUGAACUCAAAGCUCAAAACUCAAUUAGACUCAUAAGAUUGUUGGUGGUAUCAACCGAAUACAUACAUAGAUAUAUGUAGAUACAUACAUGUAUA